AUGUACAAUGCCUUUUGGGACCAUCUGAAAGAGCAGCUAUUGAGUACUCCCCCUGACUUCACUUGUGCUCUUGAAAUUUUAAAAGAAGUUAAGGAGGAUUGCACCACAAAAUGGCUAACCAAAGCAGCAACAGACCUCACUACACCAUCUCCAAGUUCUCUUGGCUCUCUCAGCUCCUCCAUCUUGGGCUGUUCACUUCCAAAUUGGGCAGCUAAUAGCUCAGAGCUCCCCAGUCCCACAAUGGUGCUAUACCAGGGUUACCUGAACCUUCUUCUCUGGGAUCCUGAUGACGACGAGUUUCCUGAGACUUUGCUGAUGGACAAAAUCCGGCUACAGGAGACGGAGUCCCAGUUGCACCAGUUAACCAUCCUGGCCUCAGUCUUGCUAGUAGCCAGAAGUUUCUCUGGUAAUGUUUUAUUCAGCUCACCUGAGUUUGUGGAUAAACUGAAAUGCAUAACCAAGGCCCUGGCAGAGGAAUUUAACUCCAGGCCUCAAGAGACUAUGGUGAGUGUGAGUGAACAAGUGUCCCGGGAAAUCCAUCAAGGACUCAAAGACAUGGACCUUACUGCCCUGAGCAGUGAAAACACAGCAUCUCUUAUAGGCCAACUCCAUAAUAUAGCCAAGAAGGAGAACUGUGUUCAUAACAUCAUUGAUCAGCGAAUCCGUUUGUUUCUCAAAUAUUGUUUGGUUUGUGGGAUGCAGGAGUCUCUGCGAGACUUCCCUGGAGGCCUUAGUCUCAUCGAAGGGGAAUUGGCAGAACUAGGCUGGAAGUUUUUCAAUUUGAUGCAUCACAAUCAGCAGGUAUUUAGCCCCUACUAUGCUGAAAUUCUGAAAAAUAUCAUCCCUCAAGCUCAGGCACAAGAAACAGAAGUGGAGUCUGUCUGA